CAGUCCCUGUAAUCUCAUACACUGCACCCAAAAGCUGAGAAGAAAAAAUGGCAGAGAUCUCAAUAAUCUCACCAUUAAUCCUCUUCACCACCUUCCUAGCAUUCCCAUUAUUGCUCUUUCUCCUCACCAUCAACUUGAAGAAAACUCUCAACAAUCUCUUCCCUCCAAACUCCACCAAGAUCCCCAGAGCCUACCCAAUCAUCGGCUCCUUCUUCUCCAUCCUCGCCAACCAGCGCCGCCGCGUGCAGUGGAUCGCGGAGGUGAUAAACAGCACCGGAAACCUAACGUUCGUCCUCCACCGCCCUCUGGGCUACGUCCAAGUCUUCACCGCUAACCCUUCCAACGUGGAACACAUGCUCAAAACCCACUUCCAUGUCUACCAGAAAGGGGAGAUCUCCAAGAGAGCCCUAGCGGAUUUGAUGGGUCAGGGGAUUUUUAACACCGAUGGGCCGACAUGGAAGUUUCAGAGGCAAUUGGCGAGCUACGAGUUUAAUAUGAGGUCUCUGCGUAAAUUCGUGGAGAUCGUCGUGGAUACGGAGCUCACGGAACGCCUGGUUCCGAUUCUCGCCGCCGCCGCCGCAGGCGGCGGCGGCGGCGGCGUUCUUGAUCUUCAGGACAUUCUUCAGAGGUUCGCGUUUGACAACAUUUGUAAAAUCGCGUUCGGGUAUGACCCGGAAUAUCUGUUGCCGUGUCUCCCGGAGGCGAAAUUCGCGGUGGCGUUUGAGGAAUCUGUGCGGAUUAGUAGCGAGAGGUUUAACUCUAUUGUCCCGUUGUUUUGGAAAAUUAAACGGAUUUUGAACGUCGGGUCGGAGAAGAAGCUCCGGGAAGUCGUCGGCGAGGUCCGGGAAUUCGCGAGAAAAAUGAUUAGAGAGAAGAAGGAGGAAAUUGGGGAGAAACCCAAAUCGUCGGUUGAUUCUCUUGACUUAUUGUCCCGGUUCUUGACUUCCGGCCACUCCGACGAGAAUUUCAUUACUGAUAUCGUGAUAAGCUUUAUUCUCGCCGGCCGGGACACCACCUCCGCCGCAUUAUCCUGGUUUUUCUGGCUAGCUUUCAAGCACCCGAGAGUGGAAGAGGAGAUCGUGAGAGAAGUCUUCACGGCGGCGAAAUGCGAAACGCCGGUGUACGAUGAGGUGAAAGAGAUGGUGUACACCCACGCGUCACUCUGCGAGACUAUGCGGCUGUACCCGCCGGUGCCGGUGGACACAAAAGCGGCGACUCAGGACGACGUUUUGCCGGACGGGACUCCGGUGAAGAAGGGGACAAGGGUGAGCUACCACCCCUAUGCAAUGGGGAGGGUGGAGAAGGUUUGGGGGGCGGAUUGGCGGCUGUUCCGCCCCGAGCGGUGGCUGGACCGGGACGCGGUGACCGGAAAAUAUACGUUCGUGGGUAAAGACCCGUUUACGUAUCCGGUGUUUCAAGCCGGGCCGAGGGUUUGUUUGGGAAAAGAGAUGGCUUUCUUGCAAAUGAAGAGAGUGGUGGCGGGUGUUCUCAGGCGGUUCACGGUGGUUCCGGCGACGGGAGAGGCGUUUCAGCCGGUUUACACGGCGGACUUGACGUCCAAAAUGAUGGGUGGGUUUCCGGUUAGGAUUGUGGAGAGGCCAGCUGCUGAUGACACCACUUAAUUACCACCAUGAUAUGAUGAAUUAUUCUUA